AAUCUGAUGUCACCUCUUAACUUCUGUUUUCUCUAUCUCUUUCCUUUAUAUCUUUGUUGUUACCUUAACAGUUUUUUUUUUUUAAUGCAUCUUUGAGUAAUAAUGGAAGAAGAUUGUGGUGCUUUUGCAGCAGAUUGUGUUAUCUUCUGUUGCUGCUGCGAGUGUUUUAUCUUACAAGUCUUUAUCUUUAUUUUCUUUAAGAUUCCUUGUAAACUUUCUCAGAAGAUGAAGAAGUUUGUGACUAGAAGGCUUGGACGAAAGAAGAGAAGAGACACGGAAAUCGUCCUACCGACAAAGGACGAUGAUUGCAGAGAGGAGCAUGGGUCUGAAGUUAGUUGCAUGGAAGACGUAGAGGAGAUGUUGCAGGAACUUUCCAUGAAAGGAGAGUUUGUGUUUGGGAGUUUCUGGAGACAAGGAGACUCUGCAGCAAACGAUUUUGAUUUCGGAAACUCACAAUACGAAAUAGCUAAUUACAAAGAUCAUCGUUCCUUGUCAUUGCUCAUUACACAAGAUGUCUUAUUAGAGCGUUAA